UGAUGUGUAUGAGGUCAUCACCCCACCACCUUCAGGGACUAUGCCCUGUCUCCAUAGCAACUUCUGGUCCCAGGUUGGCCCAGAGUGAGUGUGGGUCAAACCGGGCCUAAGCAGGCCUGACGUGGACCAGACCAGGCUGAGGUGGGCCCGAAGCAGGCCAGAGUGAAGCAGAGACACCAUGCACCAGCUGUUUGGCCUGGUACUGGGCCAGAGAGACCUGUCCCGGGCUGGAGACCUCUUCUCCCUGGAAGACUCUGAGAUAGAGGACUGUCUUUCACAGGCCCUGGAGGAAAUCAAGGCUAUCUCCUGCUCUCCUGACUACCUGACCAAUGACAAUGACCAGGCGGUGGUGGAGAUCUGCAUCACGCGCAUCACCACGGCGAUCAGGGAGACGCGGUCCAUCGAGCGCCAUGGGGGGGCGCUAGUGGGUCUGUGGGAAUCCUGUCUGGAACACAACCUCACCCCCCAGGGCAAAGACGAAGACACACCCCAUGCCAAGAUAGCCUCAGACAUCACCAGCUGUAUACUGCAGAACUACAGUCGUCCCCCAGUGAUGGCUCUAGCAGUGCCGGUGGCAGUGAGGUUUCUACAGAGAGGCAACAGAGAGCUCAGUAGAAACAUGUCCAGUUAUCUCUCUCUGGCUGCCAUGGCAAAGGCUGACCUACUGGCAGAACACACAGAGGCUAUCACCUGCAGCGUGCUGGGAGGUAACCACAUGCUCCUACGCGUGUUGCCGUCCGUCUACCCCAAACAGCCCCGUGCCAUCCAUCGUCACCUAGGCAACCUGACGGCCAUGAUGUCACAGCUCGAAUCACCGGAACAACAACACCUGCUGAGGCUGAUCCAGAUGGUCGCCGAGCAACAGCCACAGGUCCUGAGCCCCCUGGUGCCCUCCCUGGUUGGUUACCUAGGCGAUGCCUCUCUGAACGAGACCCUACUGGGUGCACUGGUGUACGUGUCACAGGCUAGCCCCGCCUCCAUGGCCCCCUUCCUGCCCGCGCUGAGGGUUGUGGGUCAGCAGUACCCAGUCCUGCUGGGACACAUGGUCAAAAUUCACAGAGCUGUGGGCUUAACCAGUGAGUGUCAGGCCCGUAGCUCCCUGGUGUACCUAGUGUCUCUGCUGGGCAGUAUGGAUCACAGCUUUCACCACAGUCUGCUGCUGGAGAUCAGGGCUCUGACUGACAGAUACAGCUCCAUCCUGGGAGGCUGUGCCAAAGACAUCUACAGGAUGAGUAACAGCUUCAGCUCCAUAGCCAGACUACUGGGGAGAAGACUGGAGAUGGACACCACUAUCAACUGCAGGGUUGAAGAGGAAUCAGAAGGCCCUCCUUCCCCUUGUAUCUCAGAGGCCAGUGUGUGUGGAGGUGCAGGGGGGUGUGGAGGUGGGUCAGACCAGCGACUGCAGGUGAAGAUCCAGGCGUUUGAGGAGAAGAUGGGGGAGGAGGGGGGAGAGGGGUCACCUACACCCCAACGCAGAAACAGCAUGGGCCAAGCCGCUAGAGAGAAACACAGAGAGAUGAGGUUUAACAGGUCAAAGAGUCUGGCUCUGCAAGCCGUGAGGUCACGGUCCGUCAACUCUGACAGCGGACAGGAUGGAGAAGGGGUGGAGCUAACAUCUGACGCAUUCCUCUCAGAAUCCCCACCCAAUCACCAAACAGAAGCCUUAGACACCUCUCCCACUGAGAGGAAACUAACCAAUGAGAACUCCCUGUCUCCCUCCACCCCUCCGGCCACGCCCAGUGAGGAACAGAGGGAUCGACCGGGAGAGGGGGAAGGAGGGAGAGGAGGAGGACUAGGAGAGGGGACAGAGGACAAGCUGUACAGCCACCUGAGGGACAACAUGGAGAAGAUCAAAGAGUUCUGUUCUGAGAUGGUUCAACAGAUCCCCAUACCAGAACACUGUGUCAUAGAAGACUCGAGCCAUGGCAGUGUGGCGAAGCUGUCGUUCUCGUGCCCUCUGAAGGGGCGUUACUGUCUGUAUAGCAGGUCCUGUUUCACCCUCACCAGCCUCCAGCCUCACCUUUGGACCAACAUCAUGCUGCUUCACCUACAGAGUAAGCACAGCGCUCCUCUCUCCUCUCUGGAUGACUGUGUGCAGAGGUUGGGGAGACUGUGGGAGAGGACCCAGCUAAAAGGAGCUCACGACUUCUCCGUGGCCAUGACCCAACAGCCCACUCCACGCAGAAAGGACCUGGACAGUCUGCAGAUCCAUCUGCAGGAGGUGCGUUUCUUUGACCUGUUUGGCUUCAGUGAAGAGGAGGGCAGCUGGCUCUGCUACAUGUGCAACAACCCAGAGAAGGCCUCAGUGGUGAACGAGGAUGGCCAGCCGCUGAUAGAGGGGAAACUGAAGGAGAAGCAGGUUCGCUGGAAGUUCAUCAAACGCUGGAAGACUCGCUACUUCACCCUGGCAGGAAACCAGCUCCUCUUCCGGAAGGGAAAAUCAAAGGACGAGCUCGACGACAGCACCAUCGAGUUGAGCAAAGUGCAGAGCGUCAAGGUGGUGGCUAAGAAGCGGCGUGAGCGGGGUCUCCCUCGGGCUUUUGAGAUCUUCACGGACAGUAAGACUUACGUCCUGAAGGCUCGUGAUGAGAAGCAUGCUGAGGAGUGGCUCCAGUGUAUUAAUGUUGCCGUUGCCCAGGCCAGAGAGAGAGAGAACAGAGAGGCCACCACCUACCUGUGACCUUAUGACCUGGAAGAUAUUCUACUGUGACCCGUUCCUGACCCAGAAACACAACACACAGCCCCAUACUACUGUGCCAUCUACUAACAACAGUCCUGUAAUGUCCACUGUUUCUGAUCAUCUGACAGUCCUGUGAUGUCCACUGUUUCUGAUCAUAUGACAGUCCUGUGAUGUCCACUGUUUCUGAUCAUCUGACAGUCCUGUGAUGUCCACUGUUUCUGAUUAUCAUAUCUGCCAGCUGUGGGGCAGCUGAGACUGAUAUCCAGACAUCAUUGUCAGCAUUUUGGAGAGUCUAUCUAUAUACAUUUAUAAAGGCUAUUGUUUCAGUAUUUUAAAGCAUGACCUUCUAUUUCCAGCAAAAGCAAUCGACAUACUAAACCUAGCAAUAAGAGCUCAAUAUGAACAGCAUUAUGGAACUAUCUUGGCCCGGACAGUGAAGAUUAAGAAGCCCUAAUGGACAGCAGAUGAGAACGUUCUACAACAAACAAACAAACAAGAGUUAGUGGCAUUAGCAUUUGAGCAGUAGAAUUUAUUAAUAUUCCGUCAUUUCAAAAAGACCCAGUGGUGUUAUAUAGUGAGUUCCAAAAGUAUUGAGAAAGUUAUCAACGCACAAAUAUCAUGACCCCAAGACAUGCUCAUUAUCACCGCACAAAUAUCAUAACCCCAAGACAUGCUCAUUAUCACCGCACAAAUAUCAUAACCCCAAGACAUGCUCAUUAUCACUGCACAAAUAUCAUAACCCCAAGACAUGCUCAUUAUCACUGCACAAAUAUCAUAACCCCAAGACAUGCUCAUUAUCACUGCACAAAUAUCAUGACCCCAAGACAUGCUCAUUAUCACCACACAAAUAUCAUUACCCCAAGACAUGCUCAUUAUCACGCACAAAUAUCAUGACCCCAAGACGUGCUCAUUAUCACCGCACAAAUAUCAUAACCCCAAGACAUGCUCAUUAUCACCACACAAAUAUCAUAACCCCAAGACAUGCUCAUUAUCACCGCACAAAUAUCAUAACCCCAAGACAUGCUCAUUAUCACCGCACAAAUAUCAUAACCCCAAGACAUGCUCAUUAUCACUGCACAAAUAUCAUAACCCCAAGACAUGCUCAUUAUCACUGCACAAAUAUCAUGACCCCAAGACAUGCUCAUUAUCACUGCACAAAUAUCAUGACCCCAAGACAUGCUCAUUAUCACUGCACAAAUAUCAUAACCCCAAGACAUGCUAACCAUUACAAUAACAGUGGAGGUUAGAAUUAUUGGAGGGGGUAUGAUAUUUGUACAUCUGUAACUUUCUCACUCAUCAUUAUUCACGGUUCAUUCAGGAUGAUCUGUAACCAUGGUAACAUCCACAUUAAUAUAGGAGUGUUUAGAAACAGAUUUUAUUCUUAUUUACAAUAAAAGGGACUUCAAAAUGACAUAAUACAUUAUUUAACAGUCAUUUCUAUUGGGCACAAAAUAAUCUGAAAACUUUGAAUAUUUCCCAAUACUUUUGGUCCCCUAAAAUGGGGGGGGGGGGGCUAUGUACAAAAAGUGGUGUAAUUUCUAAACGGUUGACCCGAUAUGGAUGAAAAUCCCCUAAAAUUAAAGCUGACAGUCUGCACUUUCGCCUAAUAGUCAUUGUAUCAAAUCCAAAGUGCUGUAGAACAGAGGCAAAACAACAACGCAAUUGUCACUGUCGCAAUAUUUUUGGAGCUCACUGUAUGUCAUAUUUGAUAAAUGAACAGACUAGUCCCCUGGAGGUCUUAGCAGAGGCUCAAAACAGCAUGGGGUUGAUAUCGGUCACACUGCUGGGGGCUUUAUAGCUACGUCCUCUCUCCCUCCAGGAAACAUGUUUCUGGGAAGAAACACAUUUAUUGGCAAAACUAUCGUCUCUUUAUUCUCUCACUUUUUCAUCCAAGAAAAGAGCUUGGUGUUUGUGUGUGUGUUUGUGUGUGUGUGUGUGUGUGUGCUUGCAUGCGUGUGUGUGUGUGUGUGUGUUUACAAUGACAAGCAUUGUUGACAAUUCUGACAUGUCCAUGAAUAAAUACAUUAAACCUA